CGUUCUUUUAUCUUGUGAUGACUGGUGCUGCGUUACCGAUGAGUCAUUCACAUGAGUUCUAGUGAACCUCUUUCGACACCAGAAUACAGACCUCAAGGCGAACAGUUUUUGGCUUUAGUUGUUUUGUUGGGCACGCUGGUGCUCGUUCUGGUCGUCGUUUUUGUUAUUUGUCGUCGUUGUCGGGCAAAGGCGUAUCACAGGUUGUUCUGUACGUUGUCACCUGAAGAGGAGAACGCGCUGCCAAGUUGCAGGAACUUUCUGAAAGUUGAGCGUUGGAGGGUGAAGUCUAGCAGUCCGGAGCGUUCACCAUUGUUGGAUGAUAAUAAUUCUCAAAUGGAGAGUCACGGUAGCGAAUCUACGAAACGCAUGAAAGGAGAUUCUAGUUCAAACAAGACACAUGAUUCUAAACAUAAUAGUAAUGAUGAGCUGCUCCCUCCACGUAUUUGUCCAGUUCAUGGCAACAGUGCAUCAUCUUUGGAGAUGAGUGAAGCAAGUAGUUUUGGCAGUAGUCCGUCGUGGGUUAUUGUGACUAAACGUAAGGAUGCUGAGGGAGGAGUCCAAGAUGGGUCAGACUAUACUAUGGAUAGUGAAGAUUCAGAUAUUGUAAAAGCAGACCCUUCCACAGAAAGUGCAAGGUUGGAGUUUCAGCAGCAAGCAGCUUCAGGAGUUGAUUCUAAUCCAAGGAAUAGCUCAUUAUCAGCAAGGGAAAGUACUCACAACCACAAAUCUGAUGACUGGGAUCAGAAGAGGCAUCCAAUUGAUGAUCGAGAUGACAGUCACAUGUUGGAGAGGAGUCAUAAUCAACGAUCGCAGUUAGAAAAUAUGGAAAAUCGUUCUACACAAACAUCGCAAGUGGAGGCUAAGAAGAAUGAAAUACAUUCAAGAUACAACUUUAGAGAUUCAAGAGUGGCAACAUCUACAGUCGCCGGAGAUUUUGUUCGUAGCAAACCCGGUGGUAGUACUGACAGUCAAUCAAGUCGUCGACCUCCAACUAACAUCUGUACGUAUGCAAGUACUGAUGAUCAUUCAGCACAAGCAUCGCAAGGGAAAGCCAAGGACAAACCACGUUUAGGAUGCAUCUCUAGAAGUUCGCUGCUGUAUCCAACGGGAGCAAAUUCUUCAACAGUUACCGGAGAUUCUGGUCGUAGUGGUAGUGCCUAUGGUCAAAGCGUGAUGCAUCGACCUCCAAUCAAAAUCAACACCCAUAGUAAUUCAUCACCACAGUCAUCUGAUUGGUGGCAAGGUAGAGACAAGAUUCCUAACUCUGAAACUGUUUCUCCACAUGCAGACCGAUCAAGUUCAUGGCAAUCACACGAAUCGUCAACAUCACAAGAACGUAGAACUGAAGAUCUCGGGUCUGAUUCAGCAGUGCAUUCUUCGCGUGCAGGACGAGUAGCGCAACAACACACAGGAAGAAAUGUUACUGAUGAAAAAGAGCAUGCAUUGCAGGAUAAGUCUCGUUAUCAAAAUGUUGAUCAAAGUAAGAGAGCAACCACAGCGAAUGAGGAGUGUCAUCGAUCACCUUAUUUAAGCAGGAGCAGGCAACACAAUCAGCCACCAACUCGGCCACCAGAUGAGGCAGUAAAACCUCUUCAAGAUUAUCCGUAUGUUCCUGAUCAACACUGUACUUCUGACCAAGUGCGUGAAUCAGAGACUUGCAUACGUAAUAAGUCUGUGGACUCACAAAGCACUAACGUUGAGCAAGUAUCAGAACCUCAUAUCCCUCUGUCUACUUACCAACUACCACCCGGGUUCAGAGGUCCAGCACCUACAACAGAAAGUAGAAUUGUGGGGUAUAGUAUGCAGGGGUCAGAUCCUUCUCAUUCGUCAACUUUUGUACCUACUGCUCCUUCAGUUACUGAUACAACUUCACACAACAAGCAACAGAAGACAAAAGUGAACGCUACAGAACCAGACGGAGUCAGUGAUUUGUUUAUUAUUAAUGAUUAUGCUGCUUGUGAAUGGAAGGGAACGACGAGUAAAGCUGUGAAGAUGCUGAAGGGUUACAAGAUGAUUCCGGUGUUCAUCCGUUGCACUCAACUUCGUCGCAUUCGAGGCGACAAUUACUGUGCCAUCCGCGCAUCGAUGUUUCAAGCGUUUGUUACUCGGCUACCAGUGUUGGAACACUUUGCGAGUGAAGACCUGAAGAAGGUGCCUAGGCGUUUAUACGAGGGAGGGUGCCAUUGGUUGUGCAACUGGAGUUUUGCAAACAGAAUGGCAAAUCUACAAAGAGAGGAGGUGAUUGAUCAUUUGGAGCAGUGCUUGGAUGUUCUUAGUUUGAGAGCUUCACAUGUAAACACAUUUCGUGAUGGCGAGAAGUGUCUGAGGUACGUGCUGCGUGAAUUCAAUGGAGAUCGGAAAAUCGAUUUUGCGAUUAUGGAGGCGAUGAAGCUGCUGAUGCUGGAGCAGGCGGUUUCGUUGUAUCGACGAAUGCAGCGUGGCGAAGACGUUCCGGUGUGGGUGUUCAUUCUGUUCGCACGCGACACGUCGCCCGAUCCGCAAACGUUGGUACGAAACCAUUUCAACAACGUCGGCGAUACGGGAGGAUUAGAACAGAUCGAGAUGUUUUUAUUGGGUCAUACACUAAAGGCAACACUGCAAGUGUUUCGACCGUCUCAGGUCGAUGCGGAGGACUUUGUCAGUCGGUAUCCCGACGAUCUCGGCGAGCACAGCCCCGUGCUGCCACUCAUCGCCGAAGACGAUCGACAUUAUAAUAUCAUUGCCACAAACAUAUAUAGCAUCGUGUGAAGCAAACACAAUUUAUAAUGCAUUGAUAUCAAUCAAUAUGCUUUGUAGAGGAUUAUUUUGGGGAUAUUCGGUGUAACGGGUAACCGGUUUUGUCGAAUAGUAUUGUAGUGUCUUUGUUUUGUGUCCGGUAUUGGUGAUUGUAUACAUUUCUGAAAUUCCA